CUGUAGGGGCCACCUGGCCAUAUGCGAACAUCGAAAAAAAUUGAUACUUGCUUUACCAAACCUCGAAAAUACCGAUUGAUGCAGUACAUGUUAAGUGUCAAUAGAAAAUAUUUUAGUUCAUAAGAUUAAGUUAAGGCUGCUUGUCCGCUUUGCUUUUUUUUCGCCAUUCUUCUAAGGCGAUUGGCAGAUAGUUUGUUGACCCAUCCGCUUUGCAACACUGUCGCCAACUCUUCUUUCGGCGAAUCGUAGCUAGCUUGUCGUUGUCCAUGCAUCGCAUCUGUCGUCUGUUCGAUCUGCGAUCUUUGUUGCGCAACGCACCGCCAGCGAGUUGGAAGACUUCAACGACCGACGACCUAACCGCUUCGCUUGUAGGGUAAUAACACACGAUUUUGGUAGUUGUAGUGAAAUUGGCGAGCGCUCGCCUCCUCUAGUAAUACCUGGUGGAAUCGAGCGCUCCGGGCACAACACUGUGGUACAGGGAGGGACAGAACCGCGUAAACGCGUCAACCGCAUCAUCUACGAUCUUGCAUCUCGACGACCCAGUCAGAAAGUAAAAAUUAUACAUGGCAAGAACGUGAGGAAUCAAUUUUUCAACCUUUACGAAUAAUGUUGAAUAUUAGAACACUGAAAAUGUUCUUUGAGAUUACGAAAUAUGAGAUAAGAAAAUAUGGAAACCAAAUGAAAGGUUAAAAAUAUAACUUUUGAAUAUAAUUUGAUUGAAUCAUGAAAUUGAAACUAAGAACAAAGAAGCAUGAAUGGAACUAAACUUCAUCAAAAACUAAUAAAAAUUACGAAAAGAUCAACAGUACGUAUUUAUUAUGGAGAUGGAUAGAGCGCAAAAAAAGGAAAUGGAAGUUUUGUACAGCCGUACAUAACAAAAUGUUCGAACGUAAGUCACUAAAGAGAAUCAAAAAUUACACUGAUAGCUAAGAAAGAUUUCAGAAAGGUUUCUUCAAAAGUCGCAUCUGGACAGUUUCCGUAAGAGAAGAAACUAAAGGAACGAACACGGUAUAAUUUCAAUGAGGAAGCACAAGUGGACACUAGUAAAUCUACUUCGCAGAUCUUCGAAGUAACUCAAACCUCAAAACUCAAAAGAACAAGAACGAGUACAAGCAAAGAUGAACGGUUCGCUGACUGUUCGCUGACAUAGCGUGUUUCCGAAAUUUGUAAACAGAAUAUUGUAAUUUACUAUAGCAUAAAUAC